UUUCCGAUAUUACUGUUUUCGUUAUUUCAAGAUGAAUUUUAAUAAUAAUAUACAAAUUGGUGACAAUGAGUAAGUAAACAAUACUAAAAAUUUAUUGUAUAUUGUAUCCGAUGUCUUCCUGUAUCGUGUUAAAUUUGUAAUGUUAAAAGAAGUAUACAUCAUUUCCUCAACUGACAGUGACAAUGUAAAUUUACAAUUUAUAUUUUGUACUUUUAAAGGGGUACCCCGAAUUACCGAAAUGCCCCCAGAAAUUGCCGAAAUGCCCCAUAGUACUACCGAAAUGCCCCUUCCAACGUAAUAUGUUUUACGGCGUGACCGUGUUUGAGGGCGAAGCAAAAAAGUUUUGGCAUUAUUAUCUAUAUCCAAAACAGGACAAAAACAACCCAAAGUUAGCACGCGGACGGAGCUGUACCAAAGCAUCCUAAUUUUGGACAUUUGAUCCGCCUAUAUAUUGAACGCGGGAAAUAUAACGCAAUUGAUGUAAACAGUACAUUGUGACGUCAUAUUCAGUGUCGUUAUUUAGCAAAUUUACAAACAUAGCGUUUGAACCACAACAAAAAACAUGGCGUUAAUUGUGGAGUGAUUAUAUAUGAUUAAGAAAAUAAGAUUUACAUGCUUUUACGGAUUUUAUGUGUAACAUCUCAGAACGACGUUAACUAGGGUAGACGAGAUUCAAAAUGGAGGAAUACAUGUCCACGCGCUAAUAUUCGAAUCGACGCCAUUGGUACCAAACUUUUCAAGUUCCAUAGUGGAGAACAAUGAAAUCCCUACAGCGUAGUGUCUCACUCAGUCUGUUGUAAGCGAGGAAAUGUCCAAAAAUAGAUCAUGAAUGGAAAGGUGAUACCAAGGACACCAAUUGCAGUGGACUUUUGGAAGAUAAGAGAAUGUCCGAAUGCCCGACUGUUUUUUCUGACGCAUCUCCAUGGGGAUCAUACUGUAGGACUGACUUCCUCUUGGCAACACAAAAUUUACUGUUCUGAAAUCACAGGCAAGUUACUGGAGGAGAGGUAUGAGGUUACGCCCUCUCUCAUUUGUCCCUUGGAGACGGGGUGUAGCCACGUCAUGUACGUCGACUCGGACCAAGUAGAGCAAAUGUCUGUAACAGUGAUAGAUGCCCAUCACUGCCCGGGAAGCGUCAUGUACCUGUUCGAGGGAUAUUUUGGUAAAAUCUUGUACACAGGCGACUUUCGCUUUGAUUCAAACAUGAAAAAUGACCCUCUGAUGUUGAAUUUGUCAAACACUGAUAUUGUGUACCUUGACAACACAUAUAAUUCUCCAAGAUGUGUGUUUCCCUCCAGGGAGGAGUCCCAACAGCAGGUGUUGGAAAUAAUUGGUAGCCAUCCGGGGUUUAACAUCAAGAUUGGAUUGCGGAACUUAGGAAAGGAAGACCUCCUGGUUGUCAUUGCUCAAGUUCUCCAGGAGUGGAUCAAAGUCUCCCCAAUCUUUCUGAAGGUGGCAGAACUUUUAGAUCUCCCAGACGUUUUCAUCACAGGAGAGACAGAUGCCAGGAUUGAAGUCGUGCCAUUUUACUCCAUCUCCAACAAAAACAUUGAACGGUGGAACAAUCAGCACCCUACAAUAGCUAUCCUGCCGACAUCCUUAUACACGGGGUUAGAAAUGAGUCCUUUCUGUAAUCAGGAAAAUGUAUUCAUUGUUCCCUACUCUGAUCACAGCUCAUUUAAUGAGCUCAUAGAUUUUGUAAAGCUCAUCAAACCAAGCUGUGUCUAUCCCAUAGUAUCUGGGAAAGGUAGAGGGCCUUUUGGAUUAGAUAUUACCGAUCGGGCUGAUGUUUCUAUGUACAAGACUCAUCUUGGUAAACCACGGACAAGAAAUGCCGAAAUUCCAGACAGUGUCAAAAGAUGGAUGUGUGGGACUCGAACUUUACCGCCAGCCAAAGUAUUCAAGAAGAAACCGCUUGCCUUAACCAGGUCUCGGCAGAGCUUGAAGAAAGGGGUUCAUUUUGAUGAUUCGAAGGAUGAAGUUUCUGAACCUAAACCUAAGAAGAAUAGGACCUCAGAUACUGAUGUCGUGGAUGAUGAUGGAAAAUCUAAACCAGAUGAAAACUUCCAGUUAGUCGUUAGAGAAGGUGAGAACAAAGAAAACAGCAAAAAGGAAAAUUUAAAGGGCAACAACUCUGUCAAUACUCCUGUUGAAAAUAUUGUAAACUCAUCGGGAAAUGAGGACAUACAAUCUGAUAAAAAACAUGAAGAAAACUGUGACAGGUCUUCUGAUAUCGAAAAUAUAAACCUUCAAUGGGUAUCAGAAGAAAAUGAAAAUGGACAGGUUGGUAGAAAAGAUCAUUUAAAUGGAAAAAAGAGUGAAAAUCCACCUGAUGUAGAAAUUGUUAACACUAGAGAAAAUGAAGGGCAAGCUAAAACGAAGAAAGAUGAGGCCCUAGUCUUUUCACAUAUAUGUACUAAGUGUGUUAAGGAAAGGAAAGAUCAGGGGGACACGGGGAGGAAUUCUACAGGAAGGAAAAGGCAGCCCAGGAAGAGCUUCCUUUUGUAUGUGACGGACACAGACAUGUUCGAUGUGGACGAUACGUCUGAAACGCGUUCAACCGAGAAAAACAAAGAUAAUCAGGUCUGCAGCACGAUGACUCGCCCUAGUUGCCUUAACACUCAAUCGUCAACAAAACCUCUCAGGAAUUUCAAUUUGCUACGAGUUGUUCCGAUUUCACAGAACACUAAAAUGAAGUGUAGGAGGUCAACGAACUCUGUCUUGGAUUUCAGAUCUUUUAAAGUCAUUCCCAUUUCAUCAAAAACUAAAGCAAAGAGUUGGGAAAAGCAGAGGAGUGUCAUUUCCCACGAUUCCAUCAAAAGACCAUCGUUUAACGUCAAGCCACUGUAGACCAGGAUCACGAUUUCAACAUUGACAGUCAUUUUCAUGUAUCGUUUUAAUUUACCGGUUAUGUUGUACGUACGUUUUAAAAAAAAUUAUCCAGAAAA